UUGUAAAAUUGUUGACCAUUACCUUUGUUGCAGUAUUUUAUGCAAUGAAGACUGAUGUUGCUAUUCUGUUUGUGAUUGUUUUUUUCUUAAAACAGGGUCUUGUUAGACCAGAAAUAAUUGGUGCAGUUGUCCUACCACAUGGUGGAAUAGCAGUUGACCCCUCUCAUUUUAAAACCACCAACAAGACUUCUCUGGCUCAAGCAUGGGAGAUUCACAAUGCUUGUGUGAAAGCUGGCAAGCUGACACAGGGGCUAAAGCCAGACCUCAUCCUACUGAGCACCCCUCAUGGAGUGGCUGACCAGACUAACUUCCAGUUCUAUCUUAACUCAAAGGGUUUUGGGAGUGCCGAUACUGACAACUGUGCUUGUCCCCCUUGCUGUUACAACGUCUCUGUUGACUUGGAUCAAAAUGUCUCCAAGGACCUCGUUAUUGAAUUGAAGGCUAUGAGUCGUAAUGUGAGUGGUCUGGUAGGGUUUGGAGAUGCUGUCCCCUUUCCUCUUGCCUGGGGGGAGGUUAUUCCCCUGCACUUCCUGUUGGGUGGAGCCAGAGUGGUGGUGCUCUCUCAGCCCAACAGGAGGUACACGGACAGUGUACAAAUGAUUCCUGAGCUGCUAGAGAUGGGGACGUCACUGUUCAGUGUACUUGAGUCGUCAAACCUGAAAGUGGUGGUAGCCAUCAGUGCUGACCUGGCACAUACUCAUGACCCCAAUGGACCCUAUGGCUAUUCAAAUGCCUCCCAGCCAUUCGAUGAUGCCCUCGGAAAGUGGGCGGAAUCGCUUGAUUCCCAGGCUCUUUUGCACACUGCUGCUAGUCUGGUGGACAGCGCCUUGUCGUGUGGAUUCACUGGUUUGGUUAUGCUACACGGACUCAUGGAAAGCAUAGGUUUAAAGUUCUGGACUUCUGAACUAUUAGUCAAUCACCAUCCAAGUUAUUAUGGUAUGAUGGUAGCAACAUUUCUAAAGUCAGUACUAAAUAAUUAGUUAUUGUUGUACGUGAUUGACUAUGUGACUUUUGUGUUAAGUGUACGUUGCCAUUUAGUGCAAGUUGUAUGUGCAGAUACCACAAUUCACAAUAAUUACCGCACAUUUCUAUACACCUA